GUGGGCCACGGACUGAGGGGCGGAGGCGGCCAAUCGGAACUCCUGAGGGCGAGGCAGACGCGUGCGGAGCGGAAGUAGGUUGCUUUGAGGCGGCGGAGUCUUGCUUGAGCGGGUCUCCUCGGCGGCUCGCGGAGCUCUUCCCUCGCACUAGCAGCUUGGCGACGGCAGCCAGGACUUCAAGAUACUGGAGACUUGCCUGGCUCCAAAUUCUUUGUAAGAUGGAAGAUGAGUGAUCAGUGGGCGUGAGAGGCUGAGAACAUUCACCUUUGCUACAAACCUUGGUGUAGGUCACUUUUCUGUAGGUUGGAGCCAGAGCACAAUGAGUACAAGAAAGCGGCGUGGUGGAACAGUAAGUUCUAGACAAGCCCAGAAGCGAACUCGGGAAGCAGGCUCCACCCCCGAGAUUGCCAUGGAUCCAGAACCCAUAGAACUUGAGGAAACGGCAGGUGAUGAAAUCGUGGACCUCACUUGUGAAUCGUUAGAGCCUGUGGUCGUCGACCUGACUCACAAUGACUCUGUUGUGAUUGUUGAAGAGAGAAGGCGACCAAGGAGGACCAUGAGGAGCCAGCGCCAGGACCACGCAGACAGCUGCGUGGUAAGCAGUGAUGACGAGGAGCUGUCCAGGGACAGGGAUGUGUAUGUCACCACCCAUGCUCCCCGAAGUGCCAGGGAUGAGGGCGCCACAGGACUGAGGCCCUCCGGCACUGUCAGCUGUCCCAUCUGCAUGGAUGGAUACUCAGAGAUUGUGCAGAAUGGACGGCUCAUCGUCUCUACGGAGUGCGGCCAUGUCUUCUGUAGCCAGUGCCUCCGCGACUCCCUGAAGAAUGCUAACACUUGCCCAACUUGUAGGAAGAAGAUCAGCCACAAACGGUACCACCCCAUUUAUAUAUGAAGAGCUCUGAGCCUCCUGGGAGAGCCAGAUGGACAGACAGCCUGGCUGGGCUUUCUGCAUGCUCUCGGACUCCAGUUUCCUGAGUGAAGCAAGACUUUCAAAGCCAACAUCUGAUAUGUAGACUGCUCUUUUCUUCCCCAUCCUCUUAGAUCCUUUUGUUAUCUCAAGUUUGAUGCUAUGGAGCUGCACCCAAGGGUGCUCCAGGUUCGGCUUUUCACUUCUGCUCCCCUCCGGUAUCCUGGUCCCACAGUAGGAGCAAGGGGAGUCAAGCACAGUAGAGCUUGAAGACUAGGCUCCAGCCUUUGCAGUCUGCUCCUAUGCCAAGAAGUUUCCCUGUUGGAAGGUGCAUCCAGCUGUCCCUGGAGCACAGCCCUCGCAGGAGCCUGGCAGUUGCCCCAUCUCGUCUGCCUGCCACCCAGUGUUUGAGCCAGACCUGGCCCACUUGGCCCAAGGAUCCUGGUGCAGGGGCAGCCCCUGAACUUUCCUUUCCUUGGAGUCAGAGGCGACCUGAAACGCUGCCUGUACCUUACCAUUGAUGUGCAGUAUUCUCUGCAAACCUCAAGGACCUCUGCAGGGCAAUCCCUGUUUCCUAAGAACGAAAAGUGCAAUAAAGCCCGUUCUCACCCAUGUCUCAGCAGUCAGGUGGCAGUGCCGCUGCCUCAGAGUCCUUGAGCCGUCUGUGGAGCAGUGCCCAUCUGCCUGCCUCUGCACGUCAGACCUUCUCAGGAACCUUCCCAUGCUCCAAAGUUCCCCACCUGGCACAGGACACGUGCGGGGAGCAGGCAUGUGCGUGCCUGGGUGUCGUCCUGUCUGAUGAGAGCUGUCCUGCGCCGGCCACUGGCCCCCUGGCCCCCUGGUCCUCCGUUCCCACUGCCUGCUAUCUGCUUCGGUAGAUACAGGGAUGGUGGCAGCAAUUGUGGCCUUAUAGCCGCUCAUUUCCAUGUCUCUUCCCCCCAGGCCAGUGUCUCUUCAGCCUUGACAUUGGCUUGUCCCUCUCUCCCACUGGGUGACACUUAUUUCCAAAGCUGCUCUUCACCUGCUCCAUAGGUUUUUGGUUGGCAAGCCUGGUACCUGUCCCUCCCACAGAGCCCAGCUAACAGCCUCUGCUCAACCCACAGGCAUGUGACAUCUUGGGGUCUCUAUAAAGAGCAGCAAGGUGACCUGAACUGGCUGUGCGGGCAGGCACCAGAACGAGGGGCCAGGGAAAGUGGUCUAGCUGGCCAACCUGCUCCCACUACACUUCCGUCCUCAGAGCUUCAAGCCAAGCCAGUAGCUAUUGAUGUGACACAUCUUUGAGGUGGAGAAGGGCCGCUCUGGCUUUGCUAGCAAUAACCGACCUUCAGGCCCCUCUGAAGAAGCAGGGACUGAGCACAGAAUUCACUUUAGUUGGGGCUGAAGGAGCGUCCUUUGAACGGAAAGUGGUUAAUUUUUCAUUGUCUUUUUUUAAAAAAACUGUUUGGCUGACUACCUGUUCAUUUGAAUGAGUACGAAUUUUCUCCAUGAAGUGGGAGAAGGGUGGAAUGCCAGCCCCCACCAUUGUGGUGUAGUGGGCCAGCCCUCCACUUGGUCAUCGUGGUCAUGGCCACCGAGUCCCCUUUGGUCAUCAGCAAGAUGCUCUUGUCCUUCCUGAUGUUGCCCAGAGGAAGGGCCAGACAACCAUGCAGCUGUUGACCAGGAAAUGUGACAUCCAUUUCAAAUUCUUUGUUUCCUCUUGGCAUACAUGGUUGAUUAUAAAAUUGUAUUUAUACUAAAUUGAAUAGGGAAAAUUGUAUUGGUUUCUACUCAUCAAAAACUGCAAACUAGGAAAAGGCUGUGUAAAGAAAAUCCCUUUCCUCAGUGUACAUAGUUCAAUUCUUCGUUAUGUUUAAACUAUACAUGGACAACAGUCUUUUUGACUCUUGCUAGUGUUAAAGAUGGAAAUAAAAUCAUUAAUUUGAA